CCCAGGGGAGCUUCACUGUGCUCAACGUGUCGCCUUCUUCAACAAUGGCUUCAAAACUUCUACUGAGUCAACUCAGAAACAUCACCAGACCAACUCACCACCGACUCAUAAACCCUAAUUUCAUCUUUCUACUGAAAAAUCAAACGCUCAUCCACUCCAGGCCAUAUUCAGAUGCUCCGCAACCACCUCCAGUCGGUUCCAAGCCUUCACCGACUAACGCCGAUAGUGCUCCUACACACAAGAAAAUUUCGAGCUCCUUAAAUCAAGCUGAACUUGCUAAAUUCUCCGCCAUUGCAGAAACCUGGUGGGAUGCUGAAGGGCCGUUUAAGCCAUUGCAUGUGAUGAACCCUACAAGACUUGCCUUUAUAAGGUCCACAUUAUGUCGCCAUUUCGGGAAGGACCCAUAUAGUGCUAAGCCUUUUGAAGGACUGAAAUUUGUGGAUGUUGGUUGUGGAGGGGGUAUUCUGUCUGAGCCUUUGGCUCGAAUGGGUGCUACUGUGACUGGAAUUGAUGCUGUGGAGAAGAAUAUCAAUAUUGCUCGACUUCAUGCAGAUUUGGAUCCAGGGACUUCAUCGAUUGAGUAUCUUUGCACAACAGCUGAAAAGUUGGUGGAAGAGCAGAGGAAAUUUGAUGCUGUAUUGGCUUUAGAGGUUAUUGAGCACGUAGCAGAACCUGCUGAAUUCUGCAAGUCAUUGUCAGCACUGGCUGUUUCUGGUGGGGCUAAUGUGAUUUCAACAAUUAAUCGUUCCAUGAGAGCAUAUGCAACUGCCAUUGUUGUUGCCGAGUAUCUCUUACAUUGGCUACCCAAGGGCACACACGAGUGGUCAAGCUUCCUUACCCCUGAAGAACUUGUUCUAAUUCUUCAACGGGCCUCCAUCUCUGUUCAAGAGAUGGCAGGGUUUGUGUAUAACCCUUUGACAGGAAAAUGGUCUCUAUCUGAUGAUAUCAGUGUAAAUUUCAUCGCUUACGGCACAAAAAACAUUGAAUGAGCUAAAUCUUCAGCUGGAUCAAGCUACAGUUUUGUCGAGGUUUAUAUUGUUCCUAAUCGCAGUUGACAAAAAGAUUGGAGUCCACCAACCAUCUCCAUCUGGUGCUUAUAUAUUAUAGUGGUUAGAGGCGGCUGCUGUUGGGUGGGAUACUAUGAACAAACAAUUUUGUUUGGUCGCUACAUAAUCCACAGUAACUUUUGUUCAAGACUUUAUGAAUUUUAAGAAAGCACACUGCCGCAAUUUGCAAUGCAAUUAGUAGGUGGCAGUAUUUGUUUUUGGGGAAUGGGAAGUGGCUAGGCUGCACCAAAGCUUCCGUAGUUGUUCUAUUCUAUGCCCGGAAUUGAAAGCAGGAUCGUUGAGCAUCCCAAGACGCAAGUGAAUGGGCCUACUUGAACU